GAGAGGCGGGCGGGCGCCGGGAGCUGGAGGAGGAGCGGCAGCCGCCGCCACCGCCGCCGCCAUAGAGACUGUAGCCGUGGAGACUGUUACUUACCAACGGGGACCAACACGCAGCAGCCGCCACCGACGCCGCGGGAGCCGUUGCCCGAACUCCCGGCCGGAACUCCAGCUCGUGGUCUUUCUUGGGUCCUGGACAUCAUGAAUGAUAUGUUGGAGAGUCUCUGGAUUCUGCUGUGUUCCCCUCGAUGGCAUUUAACUUGGCUGGACUCAAACUCUGCCCCUCCUGCAUGCUGCUGAAGUUACCCGCUUCCUGGCUACAGACGGGAACAGAGUGGUGCACAGUGGGCAAAGGACUGGUUUAAAACGGUCAGAGAAAACCAUAAACAAGAGACCUCGAUUAAGCAGAUUCCAGCAGGAUAAUUCCAAAGAACUGAGCAUGCAGAAUUCAGAGGGUGGAUCGGAUUCGCCGGCUUCCGUGGCUCUGUGUCCCUCGUCGGCAGCCCAGGCGCCUGUGGCCCAGCCUGUGCCAGCCUCGCCGCAGAGGGUGUUGGUCCAGGCAGCAGGCUCGGCUCCCAAGGGGGCUCAGAUGCAGCCCAUCUCCCUCCCCAGAGUGCAGCAGGUGCCACAGCAGGUCCAGCCCGUGCAGCACGUGUAUCCCCCCCAGGUGCAGUACGUGGAAGGGGGGGACGCCGUCUACACCAACGGAGCCUUGCGGACGGCGUACGCCUACAACCCAGAACCCCAGAUGUACGCCCCCAGCAGCUCCGCGUCGUACUUCGAGGCCCCGGGCGGUGCCCAGGUGACCGUGGCAGGCUCCUCCCCGACCGCAGUCCCUGCCCACAGCAUGGUGGGCAUCACCAUGGAUGUUGGGGGCAGCCCCAUCGUCUCCAGCGCGGGAGCCUACCUCAUCCACGGGGGCAUGGACGGCACCCGGCACUCCCUGGCGCACACAUCCCGCUCGUCACCUGCUACGCUCCAGUGGCUCUUGGAUAAUUACGAAACCGCGGAAGGCGUGAGUCUCCCCAGAAGUUCGCUCUACAACCACUACCUUCGCCACUGCCAGGAACACAAGCUGGACCCCGUGAACGCGGCCUCCUUUGGGAAGCUGAUCCGCUCCGUGUUCAUGGGCUUGAGGACGCGGCGGCUGGGUACCAGGGGCAACUCCAAGUAUCAUUACUACGGGAUCCGUCUGAAGCCAGACUCUCCCCUGAACCGGCUGCAGGAGGACACGCAGUACAUGGCCAUGCGGCAGCAGCCUGUGCAUCAGAAGCCCAGGUACCGGCCAGCCCAGAAGACGGACAGCCUUGGGGAGAGCGGCUCGCACGGCAGCCUGCACGGCACACCUGAGCAUGCCAUGGCUGCCCAGAGCCAACACCACCAGCAGUACAUCGAUGUGUCCCACGUCUUCCCGGAGUUCCCGGCGCCCGACCUGGGCAGCGUCCUGCUGCAGGAGAACAUCACGCUGCACGACUUCAAGGCCCUUCAGCUGGCCUACCGGCGGCACUGCGAGGCCACUUUAGAUGUCGUGAUGAACCUCCAGUUCCACUACGUUGAGAAGCUGUGGCUUUCCUUCUGGAAUUCUAAAGCCUCCUCCAGCGACGGCCCUGCCUCUCUACCUGCCAGUGACGAGGAGCCGGAGAGCGCCGUCCUCCCCAAGGACAAGCUGGUAUCUCUGUGCAAGUGCGACCCCGUGCUCAGGUGGAUGAGGACCUGCGACCACAUCCUGUACCAGGCGCUGGUGGAGAUCCUCAUCCCAGACGUGCUGCGGCCCGUGCCCAGUACCCUGACACAGGCCAUCCGCAAUUUUGCCAAGAGCUUGGAAGGCUGGUUGACAAACGCCAUGAGUGAUUUCCCACAGCAGGUCAUCCAGACCAAGGUCGGCGUGGUCGGCGCCUUCGCGCAGACCCUGCGGCGCUACACGUCGCUCAACCACCUGGCGCAGGCAGCCCGGGCAGUGCUGCAGAACACGGCGCAGAUCAGCCAGAUGCUCAGCGACCUCAACCGCGUGGACUUCGCCAACGUGCAGGAGCAGGCCUCUUGGGUGUGCCAGUGCGAGGAGGCCGUGGUGCAGCGGCUGGAGCAGGACUUCAAGCUGACCCUGCAGCAGCAGAGCUCCCUGGACCAGUGGGCCAGCUGGCUGGACAACGUAGUCACGCAGGUCCUGAAGCAGCACGCGGGCAGCCCCAGCUUCCCAAAGGCUGCGCGGCAGUUCCUGCUGAAAUGGUCCUUCUACAGCUCCAUGGUGAUCCGCGACCUCACGCUGCGCAGCGCUGCCAGCUUUGGCUCCUUCCACCUCAUCCGGCUGCUCUACGACGAGUACAUGUUCUACCUGGUGGAGCACCGCGUCGCCGAGGCCACUGGGGAGACGCCCAUUGCCGUGAUGGGAGAGUUCAACGAUCUUGCCUCCCUGUCGCUGACACUGCUCGACAAAGAUGACCUCAGCGAGGACCGUGGAGGCAGCGAGGCCCGUUCGGAGGCCCGAGGCCGGGGCGAGCCCCUGGUGAAGCGGGAGCGCAGCGACCCCAACCACCCGCUGCAGGGCGUCUAGCUGGGCCGCGCUGCCCCGGCUCCAGGUCCCAGAGCUCCGCCGCGGUAGUGCCUCCUGGAUGAAGUGACCUUUACUCUGAGUGCCGGGGCCCCCGGGCCAGGGUGCCCUUAAAGGACACGCUCUCCCUCAAGAGGAAAACCGUUGCGCGCACGGCCGAGGCUCAGCUGGGGCGCCCAGACCCCUUUUCCUUCUUCUGAAUGUUCUUUCCCCCACCACAAACAUCCGCCUCCAGAGCUGGAAGGGGCUGUGCUGAGCGAGUCGCUACCUCCACUUUGGGCAUCUCCCCCUGCCAGCUGGUUCCAAUUUUCACCCUGAUUUGAAAAAACUCUGGCGGGUCCCGGGGAGGAAGGGAUGUCCCACAGCCGUUGGGCAGCGCCAAGCUGGCCAUGUCCCUGCAGCCCCCCUCAGGCCCUGUGGUGGGGAGAGGCCAUCUCGGUCCUCUCCCCGUGGCUUCCUGCCCUGCCUGCCGCCAGGCGCCCCGUCUCUAGACCCCAAAGGGAUCAGAAGCAACCGCCAAUUGCGUCCCUGGACAGCACGCAGCCCACGGCCCCACAUGGCUCAAAGAACAAGUCACCGAAGCAGGCCCGCUCAUGCCAAGACAUGGUGGAGCCUUUCAAAAUCAAACCCAGAAGCUUGAUCAGCAACCAGAAGGACUGGGGAUCUGUCUAGGUUCACAGCCAACGUCAAGUUAAACUGUGAGGUCUGGAAUGAGUUUGUUCCAAGGGGGCCAGGAGGUCAGGGUCUCCGCUGCGCCUUCCGAGGGCAGCCAUCCUGCCAAGUCUGCACGAACAGCCGUGCCUGAGCCCCGCUCCACAGAACCUUCCAGAAUGUCUGCCUUUGAAGUAGCGAUCCCAGAGCACUGUGACCCCGGUAGUUCCCAUCUUGAACUGCUCAGGGUCCAAACUCUUCUCUGGGGACAGACGAAUCCCAAGGGCUGUCCCAGCCCUGACCUCGAAACUCUCCGGAUCUGUGUCCCUCGUAACAUGUUGCACCAGUAAGCCCUGUGCCAGAGUUCUGCUCCCGAAGCAGCUGCAAAGAAGAAAGACAAACCUCUGGUCUAAGAAGCAUCAGCUUCUCAAAUGCAAUAAUUUCUCCUUUUGGAAAUAUGUUCAUACAAAUAGUUUUGUGCUCUGUUAUUAGAACAUUCCUUAUGAAUGUGUAUAUCGCAGUAUAUUCAGUCCCCCGUGUUGUUUUCUCAUUCAUGCAGAAGGUACUAAUGUAAACUCACGAGGCCUUUAAAAACCCUACUUCUCGACAAGCAGGAGCGCUGUGCAUCCCUGGCACCCGCAGGUGCCUGGGGAGAGCAGCAGGGAAGGACGAGAAAUCUCAUUUUAAGAAACCAAAAGCCCGUCAUGAUCACAACGUGCGUGUGGUCUUAAAGUUGCAGACUCAGAUGAACUCAGACAGAAGGAAUGUCUCUAAAGCUACAUCUCCUUUCCUGGGAGACGUUCAAGCUCACGACUCCUGGAUUGUGAUGCCUGCCUUUUCUUCCACAUUUCUGCCUUAUGCUCUGUCUAGUCCUUUGCCGGAUUCUGCGAGGAGGAAUAUAAAUGACAGUAAAGACACCAGCCUUCCGAGCCCGUUCUCGUUUCCCGUUGCAAUAAACACACUGAACGUGCCCGUUGUGGGUCAC